AUUCACUUUCUACUGAAUAGAUUAAAAGGGCCAGUAAUUCAUGUCCGUUAAAAUCUGAAUUCCAGUACGUUUCCCACGGGUGCUCCAGCGAAACCUAAGCAACGCUCCUUCCCACUCAGAAAUGAGCCGUGAAUUUUUUUUUUUCCCUGAGAGCACGUCCCCUAAAAUAACACCAAACGCUGCCAAGACGUUCAAGUCUUCAAGAACUGUUCGUUUGCCAGUCCAAUUUCCCAACUGAGGCGCGUCACUGAGCGUCUCGCCGCCAUGCGCAAAGCGGCUAGGGAGAAGUGUAGGAGGCAGCGUGGCGCUUUCGGGAGGGGUCUGGAUAGAAUCGAGUCUUCGCUUUUCUACGCUGGACACCUCAGGUGACCGGGCAACGGCCCAGCAAGCCCGGCAGCCGGGACGCGAGCCCCCCACCCCAUUCCUGGGUCCGCCUGGAAUCUUCAGCUGACAGCCCCGUUCCCGGGCGACGAGAGCCAGAGGCCAACGUCGGGCGGGACCCGGCGCCAUGACUGGGUCGGUCCCAGGCACAUCGCGACGCUCACCCUAAGGGAUCCGCGAGCGCGCCUCGGUUUCCGGGCGAGAGGAGGAAAUCACUCCGGGAACCCCAAACCCCUCCUUUGAAACCAAAGCAGAGAUAGCGUCCCCGUUGCCACGGAGACAGGUCUAUCUGUGACGUCACUUCCUCCGAGCUGUCUGGCCUCCAGACUGUUGAGAGGAAAAAGAGGAAAACUGAGCAACAGCCACGACUGUGGACGCGAGCGUCUCUAGUGUGCGCAUGCGCCCGCUCAGCGGCCUGCUUCUAUUUAUGUGGGGGAUCCAACAUGGCGGCUGCGGCGACCCUGGCGAUGGCGGUGGAGCCCAUCAGAACGUAGUAGCGGAGACAGGGACCCGGUCCGCACUCACGGUGGCGUCCGCGGGGACAGCUGAGGGUGCUGGAGGGAAGAAAAGUGACGGAGAGCAGAAGGAAAGGCGGGCAGGCACGCCGCGCGGCGUCGAGGCGAGAGCCGGCUCGAGCGAACGCCGAGGGCCAGAACAGUGGGGAUGGCGGAGCCGCGCAGAGUCGCGUUCAUUAGCCUGUCACCGGUGAGGCGGCGCGAGGCCGACUUCGCGGGCGCGGAGCGCGAGCCCCCCCGACUGGAGCCGCAGCCGUACGGCGAGCCGGCCCGGGCGGAGCCGGCCCCCCGCGCUGACGCGCAGCCCCCGGCGCGCGACAAGCCGCUCCCCCAGCGCGAGGUCAGCCGCGCCGAGCCGCCCAUGGCGCUGCAGCGCGAGCCCCCGCGGCCCGAGCCGCCGCCGCCGCCGCUGCCCCUGCAGACUCCCCCUCCGCGGGAGUCGGCUUCCCGAGCGGAGCCGCCGCCGCGACCGCCGAAGGAGACGGUUCGCCUGGAGCUGGUGCUCAAGGACCCCACGGACGAAAGCUGCGUGGAGUUCAGCUACCCGGAGCUGCUGCUGUGCGGAGAACAACGGAAGAAACUUGUUCAUACAGAAGAUCCAUUUACUGAUGAGCAUAAGGAGAGGCAAGAAGUGGAAAUGUUGGCUAAGAAGUUUGAAAUGAAAUAUGGUGGGAAAGCUCGUAAACACCGGAAGGAUCGGCUACAAGAUUUAAUUGAUAUAGGCUUUGGCUAUGAUGAGACAGAUCCAUUUAUUGAUAACUCAGAGGCUUAUGAUGAAUUAGUCCCUGCUUCACUAACAACAAAAUAUGGAGGCUUCUAUAUCAACACUGGCACUCUGCAGUUUCGCCAAGCUUCAGAUACUGAAGAAGAUGAUUUUACAGAUAACCAAAAGCACAAGCCACCCAAGGUUCCCAAAAUAAAAGAAGAUGAUAAUGAGGUAAAGAAGAGGAAGCGAAAAGAGGAAGGGGAAAAAGAAAAGAAGCCAAGGAAAAAAGUACCCAAACAACUGGGGGUUGUGGCUCUCAAUUCACACAAGUCUGAAAAAAAGAAAAAGCGGUAUAAAGAUUCCCUUUCUUUGGCUGCCAUGAUACGAAAAUUUCAAAAAGAGAAGGAUGCACUGAAGAAGGAAUCUACUCCUAAAGUCCCAGUGACCCCAUCAACUUCCUCUCUGCCUAAGCCCCCUUGUGUGGCAACAGCCCUGGGGGAUGACCUCCCAGACUUAAGUCUGAACAGUGCUGAUCCAGACCUCCCUAUUUUUGUUAGCACAAAUGAACAGGAACUGUUUCAGGAAGCUGAAAAUGCCCUAGAGAUGCUAGAUGAUUUUGACUUUGACAGAUUACUGGAUGCUACUUCUGACGGAAGUCCCCUCUCUGAGUCAGGGGGAGAAAAUGGAAAUACCACCCAACCCACCUUCACCUCUCAGGUUGUGCCCAAGGUGGUACCUACACUUCCAGAUGGUCUCCCUGUGCUGCUUGAGAAACGCAUUGAGGACCUUCGUGUAGCUGCCAAACUUUUUGAUGAAGAAGGAAGGAAAAAAUUCUUUACACAAGAUAUGAAUAAUAUUCUUCUGGACAUCGAGUUACAGCUACAAGAACUAGGUCCUGUCAUUCGUAGUGAUGUCUACUCCCAUCUUGAAGCAUUUGUGCCAUGCAAUAAGGAAACACUGGUAAAACGUCUAAAGAAGUUACAUCUUAAUGUUCAGGAUGAUCGUUUAAGAGAACCUCUGCAGAAACUGAAGCUGGCUGUUAGCAACGUCAUGCCUGAACAGCUGUUUAAAUACCAGGAGGACUGUCAGGCUCGCAGUCAAGCCAAGUGUGCCAAGUUGCAAGCAGAUGAAGAACGGGAAAAAAAUGGAUCCGAUGAUGAUGAUGAUGAUAAACCAGGGAAGCGAGUCAUAGGCCCACGAAAGAAAUUCCACUGGGAUGAUACCAUCAGAACUUUGUUAUGUAACCUUGUUGAGAUCAAAUUGGGAUGCUAUGAAUUAGAGCCAAAUAAAAGCCAGUCUGCCGAGGACUAUCUUAAAUCCUUCAUGGAGACAGAGGUGAAGCCACUGUGGCCUAAGGGUUGGAUGCAGGCAAGAAUGCUUUUUAAGGAGAGCCGGAGUGUACAUAAUCAUCUUACUUCUGCUCCGGCAAAGAAAAAGGUGAUCCCUGCAUCAAAACCCAAAGUCAAGGAGGUGAUGGUAAAGACCCUUCCUGUUCGUUCUUUCCCCACUAUGCUAAAGGAAUGUAGCCCCAAAAAAGACCCCAAAGCUCCUGCAUCCAUGGCGGCUUCAGGUGGUGGUCCUUCCACGAGCUCCAGCACAUCCAUCGCUGCCUCAGCCAGCUCUGGCUCAGUACCAGCUCAAGAAACCAUCUGCCUUGAUGACUCCCUAGAUGAAGACCUGUCUCUCCCCUCAGCCUCACUGGAUCUUGUGUCUGAAGCUUUAGCUGUCAUCAACAAUGGGAACAAGGGCCCCUCAGUUGGUUCAAGGCUAACUGUGCCAACUACGAAACCUCGGCCAGGACUGAGGGAAGAGAAGCUGGCAAGUAUCAUGAGUAAGCUACCACUGGCUGCUCCCAAAAAGCUAGAUUCUGCUCAGACUGCUCACUCAUCAAGUCUUAUUGCUGGUCACUCGGGGCCAGUACCAAAGAAACCCCAGGAUUUAGCUCAUACUGGUAUUUCUUCAGGCCUUAUUGCUGGUUCUUCAAUUCAGAACCCUAAAGUUUCCUUAGAGCCUUUGCCAGCCAGGCUACUCCAGCAAGGACUGCAAAGGUCAAGCCAGAUACAUGCUUCUUCCUCUUCACAGACUCAUGUCUCCUCCUCCCAAGUCCAAGCUGCUGCCUCCUCUCAUGCUCUGGGAACAUCAGAGGCCCAAGAUGCUUCUUCGUUAACACAAGUAACAAAGGUGCACCAGCACUCAGCUGUCCAGCAGAACUAUGUGUCUCCAUUACAAGCUACCAUUAGUAAAUCACAGACCAACCCAGUUGUGAAAUUAAGUAAUAACCCCCAACUUUCCUGUUCGUCCCAACUACUCAAGACUUCAGAUAAGCCACUGAUGUAUCGCCUCCCUUUGUCUACCCCAUCACCUGGAAAUGGUUCUCAGGGGCCCCACCCCCUGGUCUCUAGGACAGCACCGAGUACCACUACCUCCAGUAACUAUUUAGCCAAGGCUAUGGUGUCACAAAUCUCCACGCAGGGUUUCAAAUCUCCCUUUUCAAUGACUGCAUCUCCCAAACUUGCCGCAUCUCCCAAACCUGCCACAUCUCCCAAACCUUUGCCCUCACCUAAGCCUUCUGUUUCACCCAAGCCCUCUCUGUCUGCUAAGCCUUCAAUAUCUACUAAACUGAUUUCUAAAUCCAGCCCAACUCCCAAGCCUGCUGUUUGCCCAAGUUCUUCUAGUCCAAACACACUAGUAGCCCAGAGUAGCCACUCCACAAGUAACAACCCUGUCCAUAAACAGCCCAGUGGAAUGAACAUCAGCAGACAGUCUCCCACUCUGAAUUUGUUGCCCUCAAAUCGCACUUCUGGCCUUCCGACUACAAAAACUCUUCAGGCCCCUUCUAAACUAACAAACUCAUCAUCCACUGGAACUGUUGGGAAGAACAGCUUGAGUGGAAUCCCAAUGAAUGUACCUGCCAGCAGAGGUAGCAACCUUAACUCAAGUGGAGCUAAUAGGACUAGUCUAUCUGGGGGAACAGGAAGUGGAACACAGGGUGCUACUAAACCGUUGUCUACUCCACAUAGACCAACCUCUGCCUCAGGGACUUCAGUGGUAACAGCCAGUGUGCAGUCCACAGCAGGAGCAUCAUUAUUGGCUAAUGCCUCACCUCUGACUCUCAUGACAUCACCUUUGUCUGUAACAAAUCAAACUGUGACUCCUUUUGGGAUGCUGGGUGGCCUUGUUCCAGUGACCAUGCCCUUCCAGUUUCCCUUGGAGCUACUUGGCUUUGGAACGGACACAGCUGGAGUGACAACCACCUCGGGAUCUACCUCAGCGGCUCUCCAUCAUAGCCUAACUCAGAAUUUACUAAAGAGUUUACAACCAGGAACUCAGCACGCAGCAACCCUUUCCCACUCACCUCUGCCUACACACUUACAGCAAGCAUUUAAUGAUGGAGGCCAAAGUAAAGGGGACACUAAGUUACCACGGAAACCUCAGUGACUUUCCAGCAAUCGAGAGAGGAACCACUUGGCUGGCUGGCGAACCGAGCUGAUGGAAGUCUUGGUGGUCACAGGGCUGCUGUUCCUGUCCAUGUUUACAUUCUUGUCCCAAGCACUGUGGUGAGGAGGAAAAGAAAGAAAAUGUUACUUGAGCAAAGCCAGUGCAGGAAGAAGAAAUGCUUUUGUGCAAAGUUAGUGACCUUUGGUCUUUUAAAAUCAAAGUUCCCAUGUUAACCUACUUAAAACAGCCUCAGCUGUCAAACCCACAGAAGUAUCAAUUUGACUUUAUAAAAAAGAAAACUGGGGGAGAAGGAAGGAAGUUGAGAGGAUUUGGGUAAAUGGCCAUCCAUCCUGGGGGUUAGAUCUGAACGCUCUACAUAUACGUGCAUAAUAAAAGCAGCUGCAAGUAGAAUUAGCCCAGUUUGAGGAGAAUCAGUCAUGUUCUUUAGUGGACAGAUUUGCCACAGUCAGUUGCAUGAUGCUCUCCAGACAGUAGCAGAAGAGUACUGUACCCUGAAAUGUCCUGAGCAAACUUGAAUCUUCUCCAGUAUGUAGCAGGUCCCGGUGCAAGUCAGCGGACUGAAGAUGCUUCAGCAAAGUUGCUGUAACACAGUGAUAUAUAGUACUUACUAUAGCUUCUAGAUUUUUAAAGUCAGGAAAAUGAGCCCGUGCUCUUAAGAGACUAAAUGUAAAUAAUCCCCUUUUUAUAAAAGGGUCGGUUUCACCCUCCAUUCAGAAGUAAGUACUGAAUCCUUUCCAGAAGCAGGUGACGUGUCGUCUGGUAUUGACUGGUUAAUAUUUAUUUCUAGUCCUGAUGCGCAGAUGUGACUGCUCGCAUUUUCUCUUGACAUGUGGGUCUUUGUUGUUGGGCUGCUGCUUUGCUGCUCAUCUCCCUUGCAGCCUGCCAAGAACUGCAAAUGCCCGGUUCCCUCCCUGCACAAUGCUCUUUGACUAGUGGUCCUUUAGGUGACGAGAGCUGUUGAUGUAAACAGGAGUGCGCACAGCAUCUGUCUAUUCAUGGGUCAAACAAAUAGCUAAGCUAUAGGUCAAACUAUAGUAGUAUACUGUUUUCAUUCUGAAGUGCUGUUUUAAAGGGAUGAAUUCCAAUAGGAAUGUGGAUGUGCACAAGGAUUCACCUUUAUAGCUAUCACAAUGAAGCUUUAUGACCCAUAUCCAGCAUAGUAUAUUUUCAGCAUUUGGAAUCUUAAAAGUUUUACUAGGAUUUACUCAGAAUCUUAAUAUUGAAGUCAGCCUACAGAUUAUAAGAUUCUUUAAUUCUAGAUAGAGGCAGUGAAGGGUGUGAAGAGGAAAACACAAUUCUCUUGGGACACAUUUUAUUUUGCCUCGGCUAUGUUUGUGGUGGCCCUUGAAUUUUAAACUUCUGAGUAUUUUCAGACUAUCCAAGAAUAAGCUCUGAGUGAUAUAACUUUAGUUUAUAUAUGGUGACAGACAGACCUGUUAAUAACAAGGUUGCGCUCAUAGUCUCAUUACAUAUUACCCUAUAUCAUUGAGUUUAUUCAGAUGAGAGUGUUAACCAGACCCCAUUUUCCUUUGAUAAGCAAAAGUCCCAAGAAGCCUCUAGGACUCUAAUAACCAACCACAAAUCUGCUCCAAUUGGUGUGCCUAUAAUUUGACUUCCAAGUCACAAUGGCAUGCUUAAUAGCAAAAAGUCAAUGAAUAAUUGAAAGCUUUAGUUCCAAGAACUCGUUACAGUAAGGGAAGAUGAUUUGUUUAGAACUUUUGAAGCUAGGCAUGUUGGCCCAUGCUUGUAAUCCUAGCAUUCAGGAAGCUGAGGCAGGAAGAUCUCAGGUUUGAGGCCACCCUGAAGUAUUUUGCAGCAAGUUCCAGGCUAGUCUGUACUGGGCUAACAAUGAGACCCUGUCUC